AUGUCGUCAAGCUCCUCAAAGCGCGGCCUCGACGCGCCCAUCUCCCCACCGCCUUUGAAGCGGAGGCUUCAGAGCGGCACCACAAAAAAUGCCGUCGCCAGCUUUUUUACCCCCGCAUCCCAGAAGCCGAAGGACAAGACGAUCUGGACCGAGCGCGGCCCUGAUGAGGACACACCCACGAGCCUUCUCGUAGCCCGGUACGAGCCCGAUGAGAAGCCCGAUGAACCGGCGAAUAAACGGAGAAAGAUUGCAGCGUUUGAUCUCGACUCGACAUUAAUUGUCCCUUCAUCGGGGAAGAAGCACGCCGACAGCGCAACCGAUUGGAAGUGGUGGAAUAGUACAGUCCCGACGAAACUUAGGAAGUUAUUCAAUGAGGAAGGGUACCGAGUCAUCAUCAUCUCAAAUCAAGGAGGGCUCAAGCUCCACCACGAUCCCAAAUCAAAAGCGCCAAAGUCACACUCGACGACGCGCGUCAGCGCAUUCAAGCAAAAAUGUAGCGCGGUACUGGGUAAUUUGGACAUACCCACCACCCUCUAUGCCGCCACUGGCAAGGACAUCUUCCGGAAACCGCGGCCCGGCAUCUGGGCCGAGAUAUGCGAGGACUACGACCUUGACCCCAAGGAUGUUGACAUGGAAAAGAGCUUCUAUGUAGGGGACGCCGGCGGCAGGAUAGCGGACCUCCAGGGCGGCGAUAAGAAGCUGGCCACGGUGAAAGACUUUAGCUGCAGCGAUCGAAAUUUUGCGCACAACGUCGGCGUCCCGUUCCUAACGCCAGAGGAAUACUUUCUGGGUCUCCAGCCACGGGAAUUCCACAGAGACUUCGAUUUGCAGCAUUUCCAAUACCCGGAAAGCGAGGCGAAUGAUAUGCCCAUGUUUGAGAAGAAGAAUAAGCAGGAUAUAGUCGUGUUUUGUGGCCCGCCUGGUGCUGGCAAAAGCACCUUUACCACCGGAGCCUCAAGGCCCUCGGUUACGAGAGGAUCAAUCAGGAUACCCUCAAAACACGAGACAGAUGCGUCCAGGCAGCUUCAGAUCUUCUUAGCGAAGGCGACUCUGUCGUAA